CUCUGAGCAUUCCCUCCCAGGACCCUUGGAGAAAUCUGGCUCCCAAACACGUGAGGAAGAUGAAAGUCAGAAUUCUAUGGAGCCACAUGUGAAUUUAUGCGAAAGAACAAAGAAAUUGAGGAUACAACAACAAACUCAAAAAGGAGAGAAACUAUCUGAAUUUACGGAAUGUGGAAAGAGCUUCAGUGAAAGUGGAAAACCUAGAAUACAUCAACGAACUCAUACGGGGGAGAAACGAUUUGAAUGUUUUGACUGUGGAAAGAGUUUCAGCAAAAGUGGAACACUUAGAGUACACCAACGAACUCACACAGGGGAGAAAUCAUUUAAAUGUAUUGAAUGUGGAAAGAGCUUCAGUGAUAGUGGAGCACUUAGAAUACAUCAACGAACUCAUACAGGGGAGAAACCAUUAAAAUGUAUUGAAUGUGGAAAGAGCUACAGUCACUAUGGAGCACUUAGAAUACACCAACGAACUCACACAGGGGAGAAACCAUUUAAAUGUGUGGAAUGUGGAAAGAGCUUCACGAAUUACAGUAAACUUCGAAUACACCAACGAACUCACACAGGGGAGAAACCAUUUGAAUGUUUUGAAUGUGGAAAGAGCUUCAUUAGAAGUGAACACCUUAGAAUACACCAACGAACUCACACAGGGGAGAAACCAUUUAAAUGUAUUGAAUGUGGAAAGAGCUUCAGUCGAAAUGGUACACUUAGAAUACACCAACAAACUCAUACAGGGGAGAAACCAUUUAAAUGUAUUGAAUGUGGAAAGAGCUUCACUACAACUGGGAAACUUAGAAUACACCAACGAACUCACACAGGGGAGAAACCAUUUAAAUGUAUUGAAUGUGGAAAUAGCUUCAAUGAAAGUCAAACUCUUAGAGUACACCAACGAAUUCAUAAGGGGGAGAAACCAUUUGAAUGUGUGGAUUGUGGAAAGAGCUUCAGUCGAAGUGGAACACUUAGAAUACACCAACGAGCUCACACAGGGGAGAAACCAUUUGAAUGUGUGGAUUGUGGAAAGAGCUUCAGUCGAAAUGAUACACUUAGAAUACACCAACAAAGUCACAGAGGGGAGAAACCAUUUAAAUGUAUGGAGUGUGGAAAUAGCUUCAGUCAGUAUGGAAACCUUAGAAUACACCAAAGAAUUCACACAGGGGAGAAACCAUUUGAAUGUUUUGAUUGUGGAAAUAGCUUCAGUGAAAGUGGAGCACUUAGAAGACACCAACGAACUCACACAGAGGAGAAACCAUUUGAAUGUUUUGAGUGUGGAAAGAGCUUCAGUGAAAGUGGAGCACUUAGAAUACACCAACGCACUCACACAGGGGAGAAACCAUUUAGAUGUAUUGAAUGUGGAAAGAGUUUUAGCAUAAGCCGCACACUUAGAAUACACCAACAAACUCACACGGGGGAGAAACCAUUUAGAUGUAUUGAAUGUGGAAAGAGCUUCAGUCGAAAUGAUACACUUAGAAUACACCAACAAACUCACACAGGGGAGAAACCAUUUAAAUGUAUUGAAUGUGGAAAGAGCUUCAGUACAGGUGGGAAACUUAGAAGACACCAACGAACUCACACAGGGGAGAAACCAUUUAAAUGUAUUGAAUGUGGAAAGAGCUUCAGUGAAAGUGGAGCACUUAGAAGACAUCAACGAACUCACACAGGGGAAAAAUCAUUUGAAUGUAUGGAAUGUGGAAGGGGCUUCAGUGAAAGUGGAAAACUUAGAAUAUAUCAACGAACUAAUACGGGGGAGAAAGGAUUUGAAUGUUUUGAAUGUGGAAAGAGCUUCAAUGACCGUCGAACACUUAGAAUACAUCAACGAACUCACACAGGGGAGAAACCAUUUAAAUGUAUUGAAUGUGGAAAGAGUUUCAGCGAAAGUGGAGCACUUAGAAUACAUCAACGAACUCACACAGGUGAGAAACCAUUUAAAUGUAUUGAAUGUGGAAAGAGCUUCAGUCAAAGUGGGGCACUUAGAAUACAUCAACGAACUCACACAGGGGAGAAACCAUUUAAAUGUAUCGAAUGUGGAAAGAGCUUCAGUCAUAGUGGGGCACUUAGAAUACAUCAACGAACUCACACAGGGGAGAAACCAUUUAAAUGUAUCGAAUGUGGAAAAAGCUUCAGUGAAAGUGAGAAACUUAGAAUACAUCAACGAACUCACACAGGUGAGAAACCAUUUAAAUGUAUUGAAUGUGGAAAGUGCUUCAGUGAAAGUGGAGCACUUAGAAGACAUCAACGAACACACACAGGGGAGAAACCAUUUAAAUGUAUUGAAUGUGGAAAAAGCUUCAGUCAAAGUGGGACACUUAGAAUGCAUCAAUGAACUCACACUGGGGUGAAACCAUUUAAAUGUAUUGAAUGUGGAAAGAGCUUCAGUGAAAGUGGGAAACUUAGAAUACAUCAACGAACUCACACUGGGGAGAAACCAUUUAAAUGUAUUGAAUGUGGAAAAAGCUUCAGUAAGAAUGGAGCACUUAGAAGACAUCAACGAACUCAUACCGGGGAGAAACCAUUUAAAUGUAUUGAAUGUGGAAAGAGCUUCAGGCAAUAUGGAGUCCUUAGAAUACAUCAACGAACUCACACAGGGGAGAAACCAUUUAAAUGUAUCGAAUGUGGAAAGAGCUUCAGUCAUAGUGGGGCACUUAGAAUACAUCAACGAACUCACACAGGGGAGAAACCAUUUAAAUGUAUCGAAUGUGGAAAAAGCUUCAGUGAAAGUGAGAAACUUAGAAUACAUCAACGAACUCACACAGGUGAGAAACCAUUUAAAUGUAUUGAAUGUGGAAAGUGCUUCAGUGAAAGUGGAGCACUUAGAAGACAUCAACGAACUCACACAGGGGAGAAACCAUUUAAAUGUAUUGAAUGUGGAAAAAGCUUCAGUCAAAGUGGGACACUUAGAAUGCAUCAACGAACUCACACUGGGGAGAAACCAUUUAAAUGUAUUGAAUGUGGAAAGAGCUUCAGUGAAAGUGGGAAACUUAGAAUACAUCAACGAACUCACACUGGGGAGAAACCAUUUAAAUGUAUUGAAUGUGGAAAAAGCUUCAAUAAGAAUGGAGCACUUAGAAGACAUCAACGAACUCACACUGGGGAGAAACCAUUUAAAUGUAUUGAAUGUGGAAAAAGCUUCGGUAAGAAUGAAGCACUUAGAGUACACCAACGAACUCACACAGGGGAGAAACCAUUUAAAUGUAUUGAAUGUGGAAAGAGUUUCAGCGAAAGUGGAGCACUUAGAAUACAUCAACGAACUCACACUGGGGAGAAACCAUUUAAAUGUAUUGAAUGUGGAAAGAGCUUCAGUAAGAAUGGAGCACUGAGAAUACAUCAACGAACUCACACAGGGGAGAAACCAUUUAAAUGUAUCGAAUGUGGAAAAAGCUUCAGUGAAAGUGAGAAACUUAGAAUACAUCAACGAACUCACACUGGGGACAAACCAUUUAAAUGUAUUGAACGUGGAAAGUGCUUCAGUGAAAGUGGAGCACUUAGAAGACAUCAACGAACUCACACAGGGGAGAAACCAUUUAAAUGUAUCGAAUGUGGAAAAAGCUUCAGUAAGAAUGGAGCACUGAGAAUACAUCAACGAACUCACACUGGGGAGAAACCAUUUAAAUGUAUUGAAUGUGGAAAGAGCUUCAGUCAAAGUGGGGCACUUAGAAUACAUCAACGAACUCACACAGGGGAGAAACCAUUUAAAUGUAUCGAAUGUGGAAAAAGCUUCAGUGAAAGUGAGAAACUUAGAAUACAUCAACGAACUCACACAGGUGAGAAACCAUUUAAAUGUAUUGAAUGUGGAAAGUGCUUCAGUGUAAGUGGAUCACUUAGAAGACAUCAACGAACUCACACAGGGGAGAAACGAUUUAAAUGUAUUGAAUGUGGAAAAAGCUUCAGUCAAAGUGGGACACUUAGAAUACAUCAACGAACUCACACUGGGGAGAAACCAUUUAAAUGUAUUGAAUGUGGAAAGAGCUUCAGUGAAAGUGGAGCACUUAGAAGACAUCAACGAACACACACAGGGGAGAAACCAUUUAAAUGUAUUGAAUGUGGAAAAAGCUUCAGUCAAAGUGGGACACUUAGAAUGCAUCAAUGAACUCACACUGGGGUGAAACCAUUUAAAUGUAUUGAAUGUGGAAAGAGCUUCAGUGAAAGUGGGAAACUUAGAAUACAUCAACGAACUCACACUGGGGAGAAACCAUUUAAAUGUAUUGAAUGUGGAAAAAGCUUCAGUAAGAAUGGAGCACUUAGAAGACAUCAACGAACUCAUACCGGGGAGAAACCAUUUAAAUGUAUUGAAUGUGGAAAGAGCUUCAGGCAAUAUGGAGUCCUUAGAAUACAUCAACGAACUCACACAGGGGAGAAACCAUUUAAAUGUAUCGAAUGUGGAAAGAGCUUCAGUCAUAGUGGGGCACUUAGAAUACAUCAACGAACUCACACAGGGGAGAAACCAUUUAAAUGUAUCGAAUGUGGAAAAAGCUUCAGUGAAAGUGAGAAACUUAGAAUACAUCAACGAACUCACACAGGUGAGAAACCAUUUAAAUGUAUUGAAUGUGGAAAGUGCUUCAGUGAAAGUGGAGCACUUAGAAGACAUCAACGAACUCACACAGGGGAGAAACCAUUUAAAUGUAUUGAAUGUGGAAAAAGCUUCAGUCAAAGUGGGACACUUAGAAUGCAUCAACGAACUCACACUGGGGAGAAACCAUUUAAAUGUAUUGAAUGUGGAAAGAGCUUCAGUGAAAGUGGGAAACUUAGAAUACAUCAACGAACUCACACUGGGGAGAAACCAUUUAAAUGUAUUGAAUGUGGAAAAAGCUUCAAUAAGAAUGGAGCACUUAGAAGACAUCAACGAACUCACACUGGGGAGAAACCAUUUAAAUGUAUUGAAUGUGGAAAAAGCUUCGGUAAGAAUGAAGCACUUAGAGUACACCAACGAACUCACACAGGGGAGAAACCAUUUAAAUGUAUUGAAUGUGGAAAGAGUUUCAGCGAAAGUGGAGCACUUAGAAUACAUCAACGAACUCACACUGGGGAGAAACCAUUUAAAUGUAUUGAAUGUGGAAAGAGCUUCAGUAAGAAUGGAGCACUGAGAAUACAUCAACGAACUCACACAGGGGAGAAACCAUUUAAAUGUAUCGAAUGUGGAAAAAGCUUCAGUGAAAGUGAGAAACUUAGAAUACAUCAACGAACUCACACUGGGGACAAACCAUUUAAAUGUAUUGAACGUGGAAAGUGCUUCAGUGAAAGUGGAGCACUUAGAAGACAUCAACGAACUCACACAGGGGAGAAACCAUUUAAAUGUAUCGAAUGUGGAAAAAGCUUCAGUAAGAAUGGAGCACUGAGAAUACAUCAACGAACUCACACUGGGGAGAAACCAUUUAAAUGUAUUGAAUGUGGAAAGAGCUUCAGUCAAAGUGGGGCACUUAGAAUACAUCAACGAACUCACACAGGGGAGAAACCAUUUAAAUGUAUCGAAUGUGGAAAAAGCUUCAGUGAAAGUGAGAAACUUAGAAUACAUCAACGAACUCACACAGGUGAGAAACCAUUUAAAUGUAUUGAAUGUGGAAAGUGCUUCAGUGUAAGUGGAUCACUUAGAAGACAUCAACGAACUCACACAGGGGAGAAACGAUUUAAAUGUAUUGAAUGUGGAAAAAGCUUCAGUCAAAGUGGGACACUUAGAAUACAUCAACGAACUCACACUGGGGAGAAACCAUUUAAAUGUAUUGAAUGUGGAAAGAGCUUCAGUGAAAGUGGGAAACUUAGAAUGCAUCAACGAACUCACACUGGGGAGAAACCAUUUAAAUGUAUUGAAUGUGGAAAAAGCUUCAGUAAGAAUGGAGCACUUAGAAGACAUCAACGAACUCACACGGGGGAGAAACCAUUUAAAUGUAUUGAAUGUGGAAAGAGCUUCAGGCAAUAUGGAGUCCUUAGAAUACACCAACGAACUCACACAGAGAAACCAUUUAAAUGUAUUGAAUGUGGAAAAAGCUUCAAUAAGAAUGGAGCACUUAGAAGACAUCAACGAACUCACACAGGGGAGAAACCAUUUAAAUGUAUUGAAUGUGGAAAGAGCUUCAGUGAAAGUGGGAAACUUAGAAUACAUCAACGAACUCACACUGGGGAGAAACCAUUUAAAUGUAUUGAAUGUGGAAGCUUCAGUAAUAAUGGAGCACUGAGAAUACAUCAACGAACUCACACAGGGGAGAAACCAUUUAAAUGUAUCGAAUGUGGAAAAAGCUUCAGUGAAAGUGAGAAACUUAGAAUACAUCAACGAACUCACACUGGGGAGAAACCAUUUAAAUGUAUUGAACGUGGAAAGUGCUUCAGUGAAAGUGGAGCACUUAGAAGACAUCAACGAACUCACACAGGGGAGAAACCAUUUAAAUGUAUCGAAUGUGGAAAAAGCUUCAGUAAGAAUGGAGCACUGAGAAUACAUCAACGAACUCACACUGGGGAGAAACCAUUUAAAUGUAUUGAAUGUGGAAAGAGCUUCAGUCAAAGUGGGGCACUUAGAAUACAUCAACGAACUCACACAGGGGAGAAACCAUUUAAAUGUAUCGAAUGUGGAAAAAGCUUCAGUGAAAGUGAGAAACUUAGAAUACAUCAACGAACUCACACAGGUGAGAAACCAUUUAAAUGUAUUGAAUGUGGAAAGUGCUUCAGUGUAAGUGGAUCACUUAGAAGACAUCAACGAACUCACACAGGGGAGAAACGAUUUAAAUGUAUUGAAUGUGGAAAAAGCUUCAGUCAAAGUGGGACACUUAGAAUACAUCAACGAACUCACACUGGGGAGAAACCAUUUAAAUGUAUUGAAUGUGGAAAGAGCUUCAGUGAAAGUGGGAAACUUAGAAUGCAUCAACGAACUCACACUGGGGAGAAACCAUUUAAAUGUAUUGAAUGUGGAAAAAGCUUCAGUAAGAAUGGAGCACUUAGAAGACAUCAACGAACUCACACGGGGGAGAAACCAUUUAAAUGUAUUGAAUGUGGAAAGAGCUUCAGGCAAUAUGGAGUCCUUAGAAUACACCAACGAACUCACACAGGGGAGAAACCAUUUAAAUGUAUUGAAUGUGGAAAAAGCUUCAGUAAUAAUGGAGCACUUAGAAGACAUCAACGAACUCACACUGGGGAGAAACCAUUUAAAUGUAUUGAAUGUGGAAAGAGCUUCAGUGAAAGUGGGAAACUUAGAAUACAUCAACAAACUCACACUGGGGAGAAACCAUUUAAAUGUAUUGAAUGUGAAACGUGCUUCAGUGAAAGUGGAACUCUUAGAAUACACCAAAGAACUCACACAGGGGAGAAACCAUUUAAAUGUAUUGAAUGUGGAACGUGCUUCAGUGAAAGUGGGAAACUUAGAAUACAUCAACAAACUCACACAGGGGAAAAACCAUAUAAAUGUAUUGAAUGUGGAAAGAGCUACAGUCAAAAUGGAUACCUUAGAAUACAUCAACGAAUUCACACGGGGGAGAAACCAUUUAAAUGUAUUGAAUGUGGAAAGAGUUUCAGCAAAAGUGGAGUACUUAGAGUACACCAAUAAACUCACACAGGGGAGAAACCAUAUAAAUGUAUUGAAUGUGGAAAGAGCUACAGUGAAAAUGGAUACCUUAGAAUACACCAACGAACUCACACAGGGGAGAAACCAUUUGAAUGUUUUGAGUGUGGAAAGAGCUUCAGUACAAGUGGAGACCUUAGAAUACACCAACGAACUCACACAGGGGAGAAACCAUUUAAAUGUAUUGAAUGUGGAAAGAGUUUUAGCAUGAGCGGAGCACUUAGAGUACACCAACGAACUCACACAGGGGAGAAACCAUUUAGAUGUUUUGAAUGUGGAAAGAGUUUUAGCAUAAGCGGAGCACUUAGAGUACACCAACGAACACACACAGGGGAGAAACCAUUUGAAUGUUUUGAGUGUGGAAAGAGCUUCAGUACAAGUGGAGACCUUAGAAUACACCAACGAACUCACACAGGGGAGAAACCAUUUAAAUGCAUUGAAUGUGGAAAGAGUUUUAGCAUAACCGGAGCACUUAGAGUACACCAACGAACUCACACAGGGGAGAAACCAUUUAGAUGUUUUGAAUGUGGAAAGAGUUUUAGCAUAAGCGGAGCACUUAGAGUACACCAACGAACUCACACAGGGGAGAAACCAUUUAAAUGUAUUGAAUGUGGAAAGAGCUUCAGUACAAGUGGGAAACUUAGAAUUCACCAACAAACUCAUACAGGGGAGAAACCAUUUAAAUGUAUUGAAUGUGGAAAGAGUUUUAGCAUAAGCGGAGCACUUAGAAUACACCAACGAACUCACACAGGGGAGAAACGGUUUCAGUGUAUGGAAUGUGGAAAGAGCUUCAGUCAAAAUUAUACACUUAGAAGACACCAACGAACUCACACAGGGGAGAAACCAUUUGAAUGUUUUGAGUGUGGAAAGAGCUUCAGUACAAGUGGAGACCUUAGAAUACACCAACAAAUUCACACAGGGGAGAAACCAUUUAAAUGUAUUGAAUGUGGAAAGAGCUUCAGUACAAGUUCGAAACUUAGAAGACACCAACGAAGUCACACGAGGGAGAAACCAUUUCAAUGUAUGGAAUGUGGAAAGAGCUUCAGUGGAAGUGGACAUCUUAGAAUACACCAACAAACUCACACAGGGGAAAAACCAUUUAAAUGUAUUGAAUGUGGAAAGAGCUUCAUUGAUAGUGGAUCAUUUAGAAGACACCAACGAACGCACACAGGGGAGAAACCAUUUAAAUGUAUUGAAUGUGGAAAGAGCUACAGUCAAAGUGGAGCACUUAGAAGACAUCAGCGAACUCACACAGGGGAGAAACCAUUUGAAUGUAUUGAAUGUGGAAAGAGCUUCAGUCGAAAUGAUGCACUAAGAAUACACCAACGAACUCACACAGGGGAAAAACCAUUUAAAUGUAUGGAAUGUGGAAAGAGCUACAGGGAUAGUGGAUCACUUAGAAUACACCAACGAACUCACACAGGGGAGAAACCAUUUAAAUGUAUGGAGUGCGGUAAGGGCUUCAGUCGAAGUGGAACCCUUAGAAGUCAUCUACGAAUACACACGGAGGAUAAACCAUUGAAAUGUAUUGAAUGUGGAAAGAGCUUCAGUGAAAGUGGAGCACUUAGAAUACACCAACGAAUUCACACAGGUGAGAAACCAUUUAAAUGUAUGGAGUGCGGUAAGAGCUUCAAUGAUAGUGGAUCACUUAGAAUACACCAACGUACUCACACGGGAGAGAAACCAUUUAAAUGUAUUGAAUGUGGAAAGAGCUUCAGUGAAAGUGGACAUCUUAGAAGACACCAACGAACUCACACAGGGGAGAAACCAUUUAAAUGUAUUGAAUGUGGAAAGAGCUACAGUGAUAGUGGAUCACUUAGAAUACACCAACGAACUCACACAGGGGACAAACCAUUUAAAUGUAUGCAGUGUGGAAAGAGCUUCCAUGAAAGUGGAGCACUUAGAAGACAUCAACAAACUCACACAGGGGAGAAACCAUUUGAAUGUAUUGAAUGUGGAAAAAGCUAUAGUCGAAGCGGAGAACUUAGAAUACACCAACGAAUUCACACAGGGGAAAAACCAUUUAAAUGUAUGGAAUGUGGAAAGAGCUACAGUGAUAGUGGAUCACUUAGAAUACACCAACGAACUCACACAGGGGAGAAACCAUUUAAAUGUAUGCAGUGUGGAAAGAGCUUCCAUGAAAAACUUAGAAUACACCAACGAACUCACACAGGGGAAAAACCAUUUAAAUGUAUGGAAUGUGGAAAGAGCUACAGGGAUAGUGGAUCACUUAGAAUACACCAACGAACUCACACAGGGGAGAAACCAUUUAAAUGUAUGCAGUGUGGAAAGAGCUUCCAUGAAAGUGGAGCACUUAGAAGACAUCAACAAACUCACACAGGGGAGAAACCAUUUGAAUGUGUGGAUUGUGGAAAGAGCUUCAGUCGAAGUGGGACACUUAGAAGACAUCAACAAACUCACACAGGGGAGAAACCAUUUAAAUGUAUUGAAUGUGGAAAGAGCUACAGUCGAAGUGGAGAACUUAGAAUACACCAACAAACUCACACAGGGGAAAAACCAUUUAAAUGUAUGGAAUGUGGAAAGAGCUACAGGGAUAGUGGAUCACUUAGAAUACACCAACGAACUCACACAGGGGAGAAACCAUUUAAAUGUAUGCAGUGUGGAAAGAGCUUCAGUCGAAGUGGGACACUUAGAAGACACCAACGAACUCACACGGGGGAGAAACCAUUUAAAUGUACUGUAUGUGGAAAGAGCUUCAGUGAUAGUGGAUCACUUAGAAUACACCAACGAACUCACACAGGGGAAAAACCAUAUAAAUGUAUUGAAUGUGGAAAGAGCUACAGUCAAAAUGGAUACCUUAGAAUACAUCAACGAAUUCACACGGGGGAGAAACCAUUUAAAUGUAUUGAAUGUGGAAAGAGUUUCAGCAAAAGUGGAGUACUUAGAGUACACCAACAAACUCACACAGGGGAGAAACCAUAUAAAUGUAUUGAAUGUGGAAAGAGCUACAGUGAAAAUGGAUACCUUAGAAUACAUCAACGAACUCACACCGGGGAGAAACCAUUUAAAUGUAUUGAAUGUGGAAAGAGUUUCAGCAAAAGUGGACACCUUAGAACACACCAACGAAUUCAUACAGGGGAGAAACCAUUUAAAUGUAUUGAAUGUGGAAAGAGUUUCAGUGAAAGUGGAUCACUUAGAAUACACCAACGAACUCACACAGGGGAGAAAGCAUUUAAAUGUAUGGAAUGUGGAAAGAGCUACAGUCAAAAUGGAGCACUUAGAAGACACCAACGAACUCACACGGGGGAGAAACCAUUUGAAUGUGUGGAUUGUGGAAAGAGCUUCAGUCGAAGUGGGGCACUUAGAAGACAUCAGCGAACUCACACAGGGGAGAAACCAUUUAAAUGUAUUGAAUGUGGAAAGAGCUUUAGUUAUAGUGGAUCACUUAGAAUACACCAACGAACUCACACGGGGGAGAAACCAUUUAAAUGUAUGGAAUGUGGAAAGUGUUUCAGUGAAAGUGGAUCACUUAGAAUACACCAACGAACUCAUACAGGGGAGAAACCAUUUAAAUGUAUGGAAUGUGGAAACAGCUACCGUCAAUCUGGAGCACUUAGAAUGCAUCAACGAACUCACACAGGGGAAAAACCACAGAUACUUUAAUAAACUUUAAUAAACCGCA